AAAAGGGUAUACGUGCGCGGAGAAAGGGCGUUUCUUUAUUAUUUCGACAUAUCUGAAACCCUAGUCAGCUUUUCUCUCUUAUUGUUCUCAUCUCAAACUUGAGAUCUUGUUCUCUACUUCUUUUGCCAAUCCGUGAAUUACAUCUCAAUACACAAUGUUGCGUUUAUGGUUUGACGGUUAUGUGUUGAGUGAUGUUAUGAAUGCUCUUCAGCCUACGCUAAACGGACCUAAUCCGGUUUUGAUUUUCUCCUCCAGCGGGUUCCGAUUGUAUGGCACAGAUCGCGAAAAAUUAACCAUUGUGAAUGCUAUUAUCAAUGCUCGGAAAGAUAUCAAAUCUAGUGAUCCUGACACUGGUUACAAUGACCGUGAGAUUACCAUGCGGUUGAAUAUGAAUCGUUUGGCUGCAAUUUGCAGGGCUAAUUGCGGUUUCCUCAUCUGCAUCGAGGUCAACCAAGGAGAGAACAUCAUCUCUAUCAAGCCCCAUGCAGGCGUGCCGCCGGCUACCUUGAAGUAUCUUGAGCAUCCGGACUCUGACAUCUGUAGGCCACAAGUUAAGAAAUUGCAUUAUCAUGCCACUGUGAAACUCCCAUCAGAUAUGUUUACUAGGAUUAUCGGUGAGAUUUGCUGCACCUAUGGGCAUCGUAAGAUCACUCGGUUCGUAGAUCCCAGAUUGGGAGCUUUAUCAGUUCCUGAUCCUGAACCUAGCAGCCUAGCAGAUGAUGAAUUUAGGAUAUCUGUGACCAAUGAAGGCAUUAAGUUCUCUAUCCAAGGUUAUUUUGUAUUUGUUAAGCGGGACGAAGCAGUCUCCUUCAAGAUCAAACAACCGGUGUCCUUAACUCUUAAAGCUGACCUUGUGGAACGGUUAAUAUAUGCCAGUAUUAAGUCUGAUUCAGUAACCAUGCGUCUUUAUCCAGAGUAUCCUCUUCGGUUCCGAUUCAGAAUUAAUAAUGGGCAGAUGUACAUUUACACCGGAAAAGGCCAUAUCGUGGGUACAAGAGAGUUUACAUUAGGGCAUCAGAAGAUGAUAAUGCAGGCCAUACGUUACGAUGGAGACAGAAUAAAAAAUCCAGAGGCGGAAAAGGAUGUCGUGCGUUUUGAUGUGGCAGUGAUACCCGAUUCUGCAAUUGAAAACUCACGUGGCUGGCUAAGGAGUAAACCUACGUUCAGAAAGAAAGAAGACACAAGGCCUGAAAGAAAGAGGAAAAAAAAAACGCAGCAGUUUCCAUAUCAGUUUUGGUCGGCUGAGAAGAUUUCGGUAUCGCAGAAACGGACGGAGUGAUUCUCGACCAGAGAUGGACGUUUCCGAAUAGGGCGGCACCAAAAAUAAAUAGAGCAGCAAGAGGAGGAAGGGAGAAGAAAAAAACGCAGCAGCAAGGACACAAGGCCUGAAAGAAAGAGGAAAAAAAAACGCAGCAGUUUCCAUAUCAGUUUUGGUCGGCUGAGAAGAUUUCGGUAUCGCAGAAACGGACGGAGUGAUUCUCGACCAGAGAUGGACGUUUCCGAAUAGGGCGGCACCAAAAAUAAAUAGAGCAGCAAGAGGAGGAAGGGAGAAGAAAAAAACGCAGCAGCAAGGUCAAGGAAGAAGUGAAGAGAGCAGGGGCGCAGACCAGACAAAACAGCAAGCCUAUCGCCAUCCUUUGGGCAGUUUUUCCAUCUUUAAGUUCUGCAAUUUUUAGUUUAAUUUGGUUCUGUUUAAAUUAGCUAAACUUUAGUUUUCCAAUUCCAAGUUAAUACUCUGCGAGAUUUGUGUUGAAUGAUUUAUUUGGCAUAGUAUUCUAUAUUUGUAUGAAUUAAUUUCUGUUGAAUUCAUGAGGUCAGUAAUUUGGAUGCAUACUUAUUUACUAUUCUUGUGAGUUAAUU